CCGCGCCGUGACGUCAGGGCUUCCCCGGCGCGCGCUGUGACGCCAGGAGCGCGCCGCCCGGCCUCCUCGGGGCUGGGGCGAUGGGGAAGAGCCGGGCGCGGAAGGCGGCGAAGGCGCCGAGCGUCUUCUGCAUCGCCCGCGGCGGCGCCGGCAAGGCCCGGGGGAAGGGCCGGGCGCGGCGCGUCACCUCCGGGCUCAGGAAGAUAAACAUUGAAAAUGCUGACAAAGUAAGCAAAAUAAAUAAAGCAUUUACUGAAAUUCAGAAAGAAGUACAGCAGCUAUCAAAAGGCCCUGUAGUGGAACCUCAGAAGAAUAACCAGGUUUCUACACAUCCAGAAGCUGAACCAGCAAAUGUGGAUGCUGCCACAAGCCUAUUAUCACAGCUGUAAUCAGUAACGAAGGGGUUCCAAGAAUUGAAGAUCACACAGGCUUUGUUUGUACAAUUUUAUUAAAAAAAUCUUGUUAAUAUACAA